UCACACGGGUUUGGUUGACUGCCAUGGCUGCUGUGACUGCUGCCAGCAGAGUGUCCUGGCCCUGGGCUGGCCGACACGGUUCUGGCCUGGGCUUGGCCUCAGCUCUGCUGCUGUGUAAUGCCCUGGCAAGUCUCGCCGGGAGGCCCAAAGGCCCCGGCCACACGCACCUCAACUCCAUCCGCAUCGACGGGGACAUCUCGCUGGGCGGCCUCUUCCCGGUGCACGCGCGCGGCCACGACGGCAAGGCGUGUGGCGAGCUGAAGAAGGAGAAGGGGAUCCACCGGCUGGAGGCCAUGCUGUUCGCCCUGGACCGCAUCAACAACGACCACACGCUGCUCCCUAACAUCACACUGGGGGCGCGCAUCCUGGACACGUGCUCACGCGACACCCACGCCCUGGAGCAGUCGCUCACCUUCGUCCAGGCGCUCAUCGAGAAGGACGGCUCGGACGUCAAGUGCCUGGGGGGCGGCGCACCCAUCAUCGCCAAGCCAGAGAGGGUGGUGGGGGUCAUCGGGGCAUCGGCCAGCUCCGUCUCCAUCAUGGUGGCCAAUAUCCUGCGUCUCUUCAAGAUCCCCCAAGUGAGCUACGCCUCCACGGCGCCCGAGCUCAGUGAUAACACGCGCUACGACUUCUUUUCCCGCGUGGUGCCCCCCGACACCUACCAGGCCCAGGCCAUGGUGGACAUCGUCAAGGCCAUGAAGUGGAACUACGUGGCUACGGUGGCCUCAGAAGGCAGCUACGGGGAGAGCGGAGUGGACGCCUUCAUACAGAAGUCCCGAGAAGAUGGGAGUGUGUGCAUCUCACAGUCUGUGAAAAUUCAGAGAGAGCCAAGGCCAGGAGAAUUCGUCAAGAUCAUCCAACGCCUCUCAGACAACCCCAAUGCAAGAGUAGUGAUUCUCUUUGCCAACGAGGAUGACAUUAGGCGGCUUCUGCAGGCUGCGGAGCGCGAGAACAAGAUUGGCCACUUCCUGUGGGUGGGAUCCGACAGCUGGGGGUCCAAGAUCUCCCCCGUGGAGAACCAGGAGAGGGUGGCAGAGGGGGCCAUUACCAUCCUCCCCAAACGGCAGUCCAUAAGAGGAUUUGAUCGCUACUUCAUCAGCCGAAACCUGGAGAACAACCGGAGGAAUAUCUGGUUUGCCGAGUUCUGGGAGAACAACUUCAAUUGCAAACUCAACCGACAUCAAUCGAAGAAAGGCACGGGAAUCAAAAAAUGCACAAAUGACGAGAGGAUUGGGAAGGACUCUCUGUAUGAACAGGAGGGGAAGGUCCAGUUUGUGAUCGAUGCUGUGUACGCCAUGGCCCAUGCUCUCCAUAACAUGCACCAGGACCUCUGCCCGGGGAAGGUGGUCUUGUGCUCCAGGAUGGACCCCAUUAACGGCACUCUGCUCCUGAAAUACAUCCGACGCAUCAACAUCACUGGUAUUGCUGGCAAUCCUGUGCUCUUCAAUGAGAACGGAGAUGCUCCAGGCCGCUACGAGAUCUAUCAGUACCAGCGAAGGAACGAGUCGUCGGAAUACAAAAAAAUUGGCCACUGGACAGACCAGCUCCAUCUUAAUAUGACAACAAUGCAGUGGCCUGGCGGGGUGCAGCAGGUGCCCACCUCCAUCUGCAGCCAGCCCUGCCGCCCGGGCGAGCGCAAGAAGGUCGUCAAGGGAAUGCCCUGCUGCUGGCACUGCGAGCUCUGCGACGGCUACCAGUACCAGCACGACCUGACCACCUGCAAGAUGUGCCGCUUCGACCUGCGUCCCAACGCCAACCACACAGGCUGCCAGCCCAUCCCCAUCGUCAAGCUGGAGUGGAGCUCGCCAUGGGCCGUCAUCCCCGUGCUGCUGGCCAUCGCUGGCAUCAUGGCCACCAUGUUCGUAGUGGUGACCUUCAUCCGCUACAACGACACGCCCAUCGUGAAGGCGUCGGGCCGUGAGCUGAGCUACGUGCUGCUGACGGGCAUCUUCUUGUGUUACGCCACCACCUUCCUGAUGAUCUCGGCCCCCGACGCGGGCAUCUGUGCGCUGCGCCGCAUCUUCCUGGGGCUGGGCAUGAGCAUCAGCUACGCAGCCAUGCUGACCAAGACCAACCGCAUCUAUCGCAUCUUCGAGCAGGGCAAGGUGUCGGUGAGCGCGCCGCGAUUCAUCAGCCCCGCGUCACAGCUGGUCAUCACCUUCAGCCUGAUCUCCGUGCAGCUGCUGGGCGUGUGCAUCUGGUUCUCCAUGGACCCGUCCGAAGCGCUCAUCGACUACGAGGACCAGCGCACCAUCAACCCACAGCUGGCGCACGGCGUGCUCAAGUGUGACAUCUCCGACCUGUCGCUCAUCCUGCUGCUGGGCUACAGCAUGCUGCUGAUGGUCACGUGCACCGUCUACGCCAUCAAGACCCGAGGCGUGCCCGAGACCUUCAACGAGGCCAAGCCCAUCGGCUUCACCAUGUACACCACCUGCAUCAUCUGGCUCGCCUUCAUACCCAUCUUCUUCGGCACCUCGCAGUCCACAGAAAAGAUGUACAUCCAAACCACCACGCUGACUAUCUCUGUUAGCCUGAGUGCCUCCGUGUCCCUGGGGCUGCUCUACAUGCCCAAGGUGUAUGUGGUGCUCUUUCACCCGGAGCAGAACGUGCCCAAGCGCACACGCAGCCUGAAGGCGGUGGUGACGGCCGCCACCAUGUCCAAUAAGUUCAACCCCAAGGCCAGCCUGCGGCCCAACGGCGAGGCGCGCACCGAGCUCUGCCACAACCUGGAGACACAAGCCUUUGGUUCAAAACAGACAUACAUAAGCUACAGUAAUCACGCACUCUAAAGGAGCAGCCCAUCGUGUUCCAUAGACUGAACUUACAGGGAGCAGCUCUUGAUCCUUAGGCCGGGUUGAGAGUUGGAAUGAUCAGGUUCUCAGUGGACUUUAGUGGAUGGAGAAGGAAGCAGUGUUCUCUGGAGAGUGGUGAGGAAUGGCGUGUGUGGAAGCUCUGAAAGGUUGUGCAGAGGAGAUGAUUUCUGAGGCCUGGAAAGUGUACGUCUCAGUAUAAACAGUGUCAUAUCAGUCUUUGUGAGUGUGAGUGACGUUUGUGUGUGUGUGAGUGUGUGUGUAUGUAUGCAUGUAUGUGUGAGUGUGUUUGUACACAGCAUUUUAAAGAGCAGACUAAAAGAGAGAAUCUGCUCAGGUGGGUGUCUUGAUUUCCGCCCACACUGCAGGCCCUCUCCUUUUUUGUUUUGGGUGGGGAAAAAACAACUUGUGCAUUAUCUGGCAGAGACACAGACUUAGAAUGGCGGAUUCAGGGUUUAUGUGUGUGCACCCCAAAGACUUUGUGGGAUAAGAAAUCACAGAUAUGUGAUAAUGACUAUAAGUAGAGUUGGAUUAAAAAAAACUCCUGACUCAUUCCCCUGAUGUGUGUGGACAUGACUCGAGCGAUCGCAACAAAACACAUUUUGUCAAUGUUUACAGAUGUUGAGCAUGUUGGUUUGAACAUCCAUGUGUUGUGUUGUUUAAAAAAGAAAAAAAAAUCAGUGGAAUGCAUUCAAACUGUUGCUGUGUCGUUGCAGUGCAACUACUUGGUCCCUGGUCAAUUGUUGGUGAAAUGAACAAUGUUGGUUAAUUGAUCAAUUUGAGUCUGUGUGUGCUUGACUCAAGGUCACACUGUAAGUAUAGGUCCUUGGUUUUGCAGUGACAACUUUGACUUCCCCUGCCUGGAUUUCGCUGCUAGAAAUCUUUGGCCCCGAUGAACAAUUACAACUUUACUAUUGGACCUGAAAAGGCCUGCUGUCCAUGUCAUGUUCCCAGAAUCGUCCAAACCUUUACCGUCCAGGCACACCUGUCCACUGCUGACACAUUCCACGUACACAGUAAAUGUUGUGGUGUUAAUUCAACACUUAUAGAGUUGAUCUGACAUCAUUUGGACUCAAAUUAACUCUCUAAGUGUUAAAUGAGCACUGCAGAAUUUACUGUGUAACUGUACCCCAAAUAAUCAAACCACUUCAGAUAAGUCAUGGGUUUUCCACAAGUCCUGUACAAAAAUGUUUUAAAAGAAAAAAAGAUUCUGAACCCAUUUCACUUCUUAAGUUUCCUCAUCGUCCCCUUCACUAUCAACUACUUUAUUCCUAUACCUACAAGUACCUCCACACUUACAUAUGAAACAAAAAAAUCAUGAAUACACAACAAUGAAAGUGUAUACAGACAACCUCAUGGUGGAGUUUGUUAUCUCCAACCAAUUGCAGUGUCCAGAAACAAAAUAAAUAGCACAGCUGAUGACACUGUUGCCAGUUUAAACUGCCAUUUCAAGACAAGAUCAGAAAUUAACAAACAGGCUUAAGAAGUGCAUCCCUCUCACUAUUCUCAUUGUUGCUGCCUGCGGUACAAGUCGAUCAGCACUUGGAGCAGAAAUGAACUGCACAAAAGUUAUCUUGUCUUGUUGAUUCUACAACUCCAAACUAAUGUCCCUUGGUAAGUGAUAGAAGACAUGCCUCCAAGGCAGAAUGCCUCUGCAUUGCAUUACACCUACAGUAGUACACAGCACACAUAUUGGCAACGGUUGGUGUAAAGCCCAGACCAGCCCAGCCCAGCACAACCCAGCCCAGCAAACCCAACCAAGCACAAGACCAGAGGCCUAUGAAGGCAAAGCAAGGUAAGCACAAGAGUACAGUAGUUAAUGUAUGAGUCAGGCUAUGUUACGUUAUGAUAACAUGCUUCAAAUGGGUCAAAAGAGACAGCUCAUGAACAGCACAAUGACAAAACGGUGAUUGACCUCGCGAAAUACCUUGCCUGGUCACACAAGUUUGUCCUUGCCAGUGACAGACUCCUCUUAAAACAACUCACAACACUCAAGACAGCUACACAUACAAUGGCAUAAAAAAGGAAAACUGUGGUUGCUAUGGUGAACACCAGUAACUUUACACUGAGUAAAAGCAAAAUGGGGAGGAAAAUUGGAUAUUCCUGUGCUUUCUACUUGGAUUCAGUGGGUGAAAGUGGAGCAGUGUGAUGGCAGAUGACGUAGAACACGUAGGCUUACAUAUUUAGUGAUAUGGAGCCAUGCAUACAGGAACAGCAGCUAUGUCAGUGUGCACAAUGCGAUUAAUUAAUGUGUGAUGUCUGUCAGCUAUUUGCUAAAAUAAGAAAGGCUAUUGCAAUCUGAAUUGAAUGGUCUGUUUUAUUUCUCUUUUUUAAGAAACUUGGUUUAUUUGUGAUGUAAAUUCAAAAUGACUUGCUGCUUAUGUUCUCCUCCUCCAUUUGUUUUUAGCUGAAUAUUUGUGUUGCAAAAGCAAAAACAUGUUAGUGCUGACCAAAACUAAACGACGAGUUAAUGUAUGUUAUUAAAUGGAUUGGUAAUGUUUGCGUUUUGUCCUGACAGCUUAAAAAAUAAUUAAAAAAGUAAACAAAACAAAAAAAAUAACAAAAGAAGAAAAUAUGAAGCAGUGCCUGGAUAUCUACUGUACGAUGAACAAAAAAGUAUUUGUUAAAAAGUAAAAGCAAAGUA